CGCAGUCAUGCCUCGAGGACAGAAGAGUAAGCUCCGUGCUCGGCAGAGACGGGACCAGGCCCGAAGUCAGGCUCGAGCUCUUCAGGAGGCUGAGGGCUAUGCAGCACAGGAAGAAAAUUCCCCUUCCUGCUCCUCUGAUUCUGGGGAUGCUGCUGGCCUUCCCCAGAAGUCUCCAGGAGCACUGCCCACUAGUGCUGCUGCUGUUCCUGCUGCUUCAUGCAAAAAGUUUGGUAAAGACCAUAAGAAAAGAGAGUCCAGAAAGGGGAAAGCUGCUGCCUCGAAGGCCACACCCUCUACCAAGGAUUCAAAUAAAGAGCUUCUGUUGAAGAAGGCAGAAUUGGUGAUGCACUACCUGAUGAUGAGAUAUAAAAUGAAGGAGCCCAUUCUAAAGAGGGAAAUGCUGAAAAUUGUCCAUAAAAGAUUCAGAGUGCAAUUCUCUGAGAUCCUCAAGAUAGCUUCUAGGCGCAUGGAGCUUGUAUUUGGCCUGGAGCUGAAGGAAAUCAAGCCAGGUGGUGGUUCUUACACCCUGGACACUAUGUUAGAGCUCCCCGGUGAGAAUCUGAGCAGUGACUUUCCCAAAACCGGGCUUCUCCUGUCUCUCCUUGGCAACAUCUUCUUGCAAGGUUGCUGUGCUGAGGAGAAAGUUGUCUGGGAAUUCCUGAACACCUUAGGGAUCAUCGAUGGAACCACGCACUUCAUCUUUGGAGAUGUCAGGAAGCUCAUCACUGUAGAUCUGGUUGAAGAAAAAUACCUGGAGUACCGCCAGGUUCCUGGCAGCGAUCCUCCAAGCUAUCAAUUCCUGUGGGGUCCCAGAGCCCAUGAGGAAACCAGCAAGGUGAAAGUCCUAGAGUUUUUGGCCAAGGUCACUGGUUGUUCGACCACUGACAUUCCACCCGGUUUUGAAGAAGAUGCGUUAGAGGAGAAAGAGAAAGCCGAAAGCAAAGCUGAAGCCAAACCUGUAGCCACUGCUUAAGCCAUUCCAAGUCCUCAGGCCAGCUCCAGCCUCUCUACACUUAGUAAUAAGUAAGAGAUAAUCUUCACUUUGUCAUACAGUGUCUGUUAAUGUUUGUUCUUGUUUUCUAUGAGUAACAUUUGAAAAAUUUUGUUUCUGUAUCACUCGAGGGUGUUAUUUUCCACAGAAUGUUUUUUUUUUUUUUUGGGGGGGGGGUUUGCAGUGUAAUUUGAUGACUGCUACAGAUCAAACAUUCAUUAAUGUUUACCAAGGUUAGUGAUAAGGUAUUGGUUUGUUUUGAAAUACAAAUUGGAGUUCCUGAAAUCACUUUGAUGAUCCACGUUAAGAUAACGUGACAAUGAGACAGGAAUAUCCCUGGAAAUGUAAAGUAUAUAGUAAAAUAUGUGAGAUCAACUUGUGUGAUAGUUAACUGUUGCAUCAGUUUGUAUAGGAAACACCCAAAUGAUUGCAUUAGCAUAAUUCUGGGUGUGACCAAAUGGAUUUACUGAAGAUAGAAGACGCAGUCUGAAUGGAAUAAAAAGGGAAAGGAUGGUGGAUCAGCUUCUGGUUUUCUGAGGAGCUUCAGUCUUCACCCUCACCUUUGGCAUCAUCUCCUUUCUUCUAAAACUGACCCUUCAGUUUUCCAAGGCAGACUCUUUGGCCUCCUGAUA